AUUUUUUCUGUUGAUACUGCUGCCGUCGUGGUUGUAGUGUAAACUCUAUCGAAAAGAAACAACAAUUAAUGUUGAAUCUUCCAGUCGAAAAUGAGGAACCGUUAAAAAUGCAAUGGCAACAUCCCCUAAGCCACUCUAAUUGUUAGGUUCAAGUAUUUGCCCGGUGUUUAACAUCGAGGCGCGGAUUCCGUCUAGGUUAUGUGGAUUCGGACUGCAUUUCAGUUUUCUGCUUGAAUAUUGCAGUCUGUAGCCGAAAGACAUCAUGGAGGUAGAUCUCACUGAUGAUGAUUGUAUCAUGACAACUCCGAUCCAGCUUGGUGCUUCGAAGACCCCAGCUUCGACACCCAAAACUCCUAAACCACCGAACAAACCCUCGGCGCCUCUAGAGAUACUGGAAAUUUCAGAUGAUGAUGAUGAUGAUAUUAUAUUUGAGCCAGAGAAAGCAAAUCCACCAUCAAGCGGAGUUUCAACAAGCGCGUCAAAGCAAAGCUCUGAUACAUUGAAGAAGCUUCAAGUGUCUUCAAAAAAUGACAAAACGGAAGAUAUUCAAGUAUUCACUCCUAUACCAAUCAAUGAAAGAUUGCCAUUACUCUCUUCCUUAGCUGAAAAUGUACCUAAGAAACACUCAGCCAAGGAUAAAUCUGGUACAGAUGAUAUUAUUGAGGUAUUUGAUCUUCCCCCUUCAGUUUCAAAUACAGAGAAAAGCAAACCAUCUACUUCAGCUUCCGUAAGAACUCCAAGUAAUUCAGUGGCAAAGAAUCAGUCCACGCUUUUGCCCAAAGACAAAGCAACAGAUCCUAAAGUGCCCAGUGGGCAGUCCAAAGGUUUUAAAGGUAGAAGCGACCCAACGGUAGAUGAUGUCAUUGAGGUGGCAGAGUCUCCUCCGCGGAACCAAGAGGAGUUUUCGUCGCUCAACAAAGAGAAAUCUGGGGCCAAUAAUGUUGCUGAGAAGAAUGUUUCUAUAGGUCAAGCUAAACAAUCAAGAAAUGUAUCAACUUGUAGAUAUGUAGUAGAUAUAACAGAUGAGGAAAAAUCCAAGCAAGUCACCUGUUACCCUAAAAGAAAUUCAGAAAAUACGUGCUUGAAUGUUGGCUGUAAAUCUGGCGAUGAUCUGAAGAGUGCUCCCAUGUUUGUGAUAAGCUAUUAUGGCUGCAAGUUGAAGAAGGGAAAGUAUGAUGUUUGCGCAGAGUGUUUUCAAGCAGCAGUUGAUCAUCAUGCGGAACUUGCCAAUAGGUUGUGUCACCAGGAAUCAUUGUUUGCAUAUGAAAAUUUUCGUAUUAAUGACAUUCCUAUUGUUGAUCUCGAGUCUGAUGAAGAAACCUCCGAUAAUGAGGAACCUCUUCCCUUUUCUGUACUCCUUGAUCUAGAAAGGAACUUGGAAAUGGCCUUGAAUGAAUCUUUUUCGAAGUACCACCUUGAUUACCAGAUCAAAGAAGCAACUGGAAUGUUAACAGAUAAAAUGACUUCCUUAGAGUUGGAAGGGAAAAAGAUUGAUGACCAAUAUGAUCAGCUCCAAAAAGAUAUUGAUGAAAUGCGUAAGAAAGUGUAUGAAAAGCACAACGCUAUCAUAAGACAAGUACCAAGCCUUGAUACAGCAACUCUUACACUGCCCUCAACAACACCUCAACAAUUUGAUACUUCCACCAAGUAUCCUCAAAAUAUUCAAGAAUAUCAACCAUUUAUGCCGCACCGAGGAGUUGCAAUGAAGAGAGUCACAAAUCAUUCACUGCAUUCACCUCACAGGCCAAUAUCUCCAACAAGUCUUGAUGGAUGUAGUCAGGAAAUUGUUGCUCUCAGGGAGGUUAAUAUUCCUCAAGCUCCAUUACCUCCAAUUGGACCCCUUGUGCGUCCCAAACCACGUACAGAUGAUAUUGUAUAUGUCAUGAAAAUGAGUUUCUUUGGUGUUUGGCUCCGUGGACGUGUAAUCGAUGUUACCAACACAUCUGCUGCAAAUUAUAUUACAAAUACAGUGUAUAAAGUAAAAAUGGAACUUCAAGCAAAUAAAAAACAGUUCUCAAUUAAAACAGUGCAAGGAAAGCACAUGGCUUAUCCCAACCCAGCUUCUGUUCGUCUGGAGGUUGGUACUAGAGUUAUAGCUGUUUUUCAAGAUGAUGAAAGUAACAACCAAAACAAAGGAGGAUCCUACUAUUCUGGCCUCAUUGCUGAACCCCCAAAACCAAAUAAUCGAUACAGAUAUCUAGUAUUCUUUGAUGAUGGUUACGCACAGUAUGUCCCUCAUAAUAAAAUCUUAGUAGUCUGUGAGAGUUCUAGUAAUGUUUGGGAUGACAUUCAUCCUGACUCACGUGAAUUCAUUCGUAAAUACUUAAACCAGUACCCUGAACGUCCCAUGGUGAAACUGGCCCCAAACCAAGUUGUUAAAACCGAAUGGAAUGGUAAAUGGUGGAUUGCCCGAGUAGUAGAAGUUGAUGGGUCCUUAGUCAAAAUGAGUUUUGAUGCUGAUAAGCGCACAGAGUGGAUUUAUCGGGGAUCUACUCGAUUACAUCCCCUUUUCAAUGAACUGUCCAAACAAGCUGAGGCUCAGGCAGUUGGCUCAGGCACAAUAACUCGCAUGCGUGGAAUGGGUGUAAGAAGGGUAAAUCAACCAUAUGUAGAAUAUACUCAGAACACUGGAAUUGAAGAUGAAGGCAGUGAACCCGCUGCACCCACUGCAGUAUCAGCGCCAUCAACAGUUGUCCGUGCUGUAGCUAGAAAGAGUACUUCAUCUAAGAAACAUGAAAUUCAUGCUGUCAUUCCACAGACGCCAACCUCUAAAACUCUGUUUUUCAGCCCAGAUAACAUUGGUAUUGUUAAGGAACUACAACUGCCUAAGGAUGCUCUCAUGCCUAAGCGACUUCAACCUCAUACAUGUGGCCCCCAUUGUAUUGGAUGGAUUAAGUAUGACCCUGUGAAAAUGCGAGGUUACAAUCCAUUGUCAAUCCCUCUCUACUGUGGGUGGCAAAGGGAAUUACCAAGGUUUAAGAAGAAAAGCACAAUCCUUUAUACUGCUCCUUGUGGGAGAAGGUUACGAAACAUGCAAGAACUGCAUAGGUAUUUACGCAUUUGUAAAUCGGAAAUGUCUGUUGAUUUAUUUGACUUUGACUAUUGGGUCAAUGCAUUGUCCGAAUUCACUCUCACAGAUAAAUUAAAAAAACAUAUUGUGCAGGAGGACAUUACAUGUGGCAGAGAAAAUGUUAAAAUACCAUUGAUCAACUAUGUAGAUAAUUCGCUCCCUGCUAAUUUAAUUUACAAAAAUCAACGCGAACCGUAUGAAGGUGUGCCAUUAAACAAUGAUCCUGCCUUCCUAUGUGGCUGUGAUUGUACUGAUGAUUGUCAAAACAAAGAAAAGUGUGCUUGUUGGAAACUUACUAUACAGGGUUCUGCGCUAUACCCUGGUGGUGUGGAGGAUCCAAAUGUUGGUUAUUACUAUAAACGACUACAGGAGCGUGUUAUCACUGGCAUUUAUGAAUGCAAUGAACAGUGCAAGUGUUCAAAGAAAACAUGCUUGAAUAGAGUUGUCCAGCACCCACUGCAGUUGCAGUUACAGCUGUUCAAAACACCAAACAAAGGAUGGGGUUUACGAUGUGUGAAUGAUAUCCCAAAGGGAACAUUUAUUUGUAUCUAUGCUGGAUACCUUUAUACUGAAGAAACUGCAAAUACUAUUGGUGAAUUAGAAGGUGAUGAUUACCUUGCUGAAUUAGACUACAUAGAAGUUGUGGAGCGUAUGAAAGAGGACUAUGAGAGUGAUGUUGAAGAUGAAGAGGAAGAAGAAGAAGAAGAUUUUGUAGACAAAAAUGCAGAGAGAAGCCGAUACAAAGGAGAAAGUGACUCUGACUACAAGUCAGGACGGAAAGCCUCACUGGAUAGUAACUCAGAUGCUUCCAUUAGAUCUCGAUUACGGAAGAGAACUGCAGCUGACUUGGACUCUGGGGAUGACAGUAGAAAUACAGGUGAUAAAGGGAGCAAAAGAAGAGAAACCUCUCAGAAAAAUGAUGCUGAAGAUGAUGACGGGAGUGAUGAUGACAAAAUGGAACGUCUGCCUUCAAGCUUUACACCAAAGCCCUUAACAAAGACACCUAUUACUGAUACUCCAGUUCGACGCUUUCAAUCAGUUCGCAAAUUUUAUGGACCAAAUGAGCGUGUCUAUAUUAUGGAUGCAAAUCAAGUGGGAAACAUUGGGCGCUACCUUAAUCAUUCCUGUAGUCCUAAUGUGUUCGUACAAAAUGUAUUUGUUGACACCCAUGACCUCCGUUUUCCUUGGGUGGCUUUCUUUGCAUUGCAGUAUAUUAAAGCAGGCGCAGAACUCACUUGGGAUUACAAUUAUGAUGUCGGCAGUGUGCCAGAUAAACAAAUUAUCUGUCAAUGUGGUAGCUUGGAAUGCCGUGGACGACUUCUAUGAGAUAAUUUAUUACAAUUUUUAUGUACAAUUUUAAUUUAAGAGAACUGAUUUUCCUUGGGCAAGUCAUUAGUAAAAAUUGAAGUGCACUUUUUGUGAACCAUGUGUUUGUGCAACUGGCAGUUUUAGCAUGAAUUUGGGUGAAAUAAAAUGGCCCAUUGAUGCUGUUUA